GUGAGAUGUACUCUCUUCAGUCUUCCCUUCCAAAAUCACACAGAAAACCCUCACACAGAAAACUGCCGAUGGCGGACGCCGUCGCCGCCUACGAUGCGCUGCCCGCGCCUCCCUCUCCACCCUCACCCGCGUUGCCACCGCCGUUCCAGCCCCCGCCCCCCGAUACCCCGAUAUCCGACGCCACCCCAUCCGCCGCCGAAACCCCCAAUCUCCCCGACACCCCCGCCUCCGCCUCCCCCUUCUCCGACGCCGCGCUCGCCGCCGACGCCUCCGAUGCCGAUGCCUCAGCCGUCGCCGCGCCACCCGACGACGACGGGACCAACCCGUUGGGCGGCGCCAUGAAGCACAUGGCCCUCGCGCCCCCGCCGCCGCCGAACAAGAAGUCCAAGAAGAAGAACAGCAACAGCGUCUGGACCAGGCCCAACUCCCGCAAGGGCAAGAAGAAGGCCAAGCAGCCGGCCAACGCCCUCGCCGGCGGCAGCGCCGGCGCCAACGGCCGCCUCCCCAAGCCCUCCAGCGGCGACGACGAGCUCGUCCUCACCCCGGCGCCCCGAUUCGCGGCCGAGCGCAACGACGACGCGCCCGAUCUGCCCGUGCUCCUCUCCCGCGUCUUCAAGUCCGACAAGGUCGAGGUCUCCGACGACCGCCUCACCGCCGGCAGCACAAAGGGAUACCGGAUGGUGCGCGCCACCCGCGGCGUCGCUGCCGGCGCUUGGUACUUCGAGGUCAAGGUCCUUCACCUCGGCAGCACCGGCCACACCCGCCUUGGAUGGGCUACCAACAAUGCUGACAUCCACGCUCCCGUAGGCUACGAUGUGUUUGGAUUUGGAUACCGCGACAUGGAUGGUACCAAGGUGCACAAAGCAUGGAGGGCCAAUUAUGCCGAUCAAGGCUAUGGCGAGGGCGAUGUACUCGGCUUCUACAUUCAUCUACCUGAUGGAGAGCUGUAUGAGCCCAAGCAGCCUUUCCUGGUUCACUACAAGGGGCUUCCUUUCCGCGCAGAAGCUCCCAAGGCAGCUGAGCAGAAGACGCCGGAUCCAGUUCCUGGUAGUGAGAUAUGCUACUUCAAGAAUGGGGUAUGCCAGGGCACUGCUUUUGUGGACAUUCCUGGAGGGCGGUACUACCCAGCUGCGUCAAUGUAUACACUGCCUGACCAGCCAAACUGCGAAGUCAGAUUCAACUUUGGUCCCAAUUUUGAGUUCUUUCCAGAAGAUUUUGGAGGUCGAUCAGUUCCUCAACCAAUGAAUAAUGUGCCUUAUCGACCAUAUCAGCUGGCGAAUGAGGUGCCUGCAGAAAACGGUACUGCUGAAAAAACCAUUAAACUGCAGUGAAAAUUCUGCUUUAGUUAGAGCUUAUGUAAUCCGGUUAAACAGCACGCGGGCUGAUGGCUAUAGCUGGUUUAGUAAUGUUUGUCUGGUUAGAUGGAUGCUGUAGUUAUUGAAUAUUUUUCACUUGAUGGUUUGGCCAUUUGACCUUCGUGUAGCAACGCAUGCCUUCAAUCUUUCCCAUCCAUGAUGGGGCGAAGUUAAUCCGAGAUGUUGGGGGGCGGUAAGGGCGGUUGCACGUAGUCUAGCAGUGGGAUGAGGAUUAAGGGCGACAGUUUAAUACUCAUAAUAUGUAAUAUUUGGUCAAUAAUGUUUGGCCGAAUCUUAUCCUAAGGAGGAGUAAUACAAAUAGAUGAGAGGUACAUCUAAUUUUAUCCAUGUUAUUAAUUCAUAAGAAGGUAUUAUACA